AAUCAAAGACUUCCACUCCCACUUCCUUUCUAAUUCUCACAAAAACAUCAAACACACAACAAAGAGGAGAGAGCUAUGGCUACAAAGAUAAACCCUACAAAUCCAUUAACGCCGCUCUACCAAAUCCUCAGAAAACCGAAGACAAAACCCCAAAAGCAGAUCAAGCUAUCAUCUUGUCUGAAUCCUCAACCCACAAAACAGAGUUGUAGUAAUAAUGACCUCUACAGUGUCACCUUCAAGACUCUUGGAUCAGGCAAGCUUGGAAUCUCGAGAUACCCAGAUUUCGAGUACGAUCCUCAGGGAGGAUUCGGAUCGGGAACGGCCAUGGUGAAGAAGAAGGUCGAUGGAUCUUCGUCGGAGGGUGAACUGUGGGUGUGCUUCGAUGUGGACACUGUUUAUAUCCCUCCGCUCACGAGCAAAACCACCAAAUUUCUAGGGCUGCCAUUGCCACCGUUUCUGAAGAUUGAUAUAUUGCCGGAGGUUUUUCAGGGAACCAUCGACUUGCAAUCCGGCAAGGUGGAGUUGGAGUUCGUGGCGAAGUUCAGCUUCUCGGCAGCUGGGGGGAUCUACAAGGCGGCUCCGCUGGUGGUGAAGACGGUGAUGACUUCAGAGGAGUCGAGAGGGGAGAGAAAGAGAGGGAGAGGAGAGAGAAUGGACGUCGCCGGAAAGUGCAGGCUCGUCGGCGUCGCCGUCGUGGAUACCGUCGACGAUCUCUUCCUCAACGCCUUCCUCUCCCUUCCCACUGAAUGCCUCGCCGAUCUCCACGCCUCCAUCUCUCUCUCCCCUCUCAUGAUUAAUUAAUUAUAUUUCUUAAUGUCGAAUUAAUUAUUAAUUGUUAAUGAUGAAAAGGAUUAAUAUCUCCUAUACUUUCAAAAAAUGCCUUUUAAUCUCUUCAAGAGAAACAAAUGCUGGAUUCAGUUUGUAUGAUUUUUAUUGAAGGAAGUGAAGAAAAUUCCGUCUGAA